UACCAUAUUCGCAAGACAUCCGUUUGCUCACACCCCGCAAGCGAGUCCGUAUGUCCAAAUGCUGACCCAAAUAACACGAGCCAAGAUAACACCUGAUGCUGUUAUGCGAUAAUGCACAAUAUUGGCAAAGAGGGGAUUUCAAGUUUAAAUAAAAAGAAACGGCGCCGGCGCCGGUGAGAGUGACAGUGCAUCGCGAGUCGCACGCGCACCGCCGCGCGAGAAAGUUUACUAGUUUUGGCGCCAACGUUCCGAAUUCAAAAAACACUUUUGCUUUUUAAAACAGGAACAAUCUGGCAGUGUUGUGUGUCUCGCUCUAACGUACUGGGUUGGAUAGUGACGUGUGUAAUUAGUGACUUUCGCUGUUUGGACAGGAUGAUGCGUUAUAUGAAGUUAUGGAUGAUCGUGUGUCUAACAACGUCACUGGCAGCACCUUCACCACAACAGCUGGGACUGGACAUCAUUGACCUGGCCGCCAUUAGCAGAAUGUCUCCCAAACAGCUGGAAGCUCUGGCUGAGGGUCUGGCGGCGGAGGAAAUCAUGAGGACAAAGAGGUCAUCAGCACAAGCGCUAAGCUCCGUCGUGUCGAAAGCGUCAUCAGCGUCAUCCAUAGGCAGCAAGAUCGGACUCCUCGGCCAAGCAUCAUCAGGGGCGCUGACUUUCAUCGCCUCUGCUUCAAGCAAGUCAGGCCAACACGACGAACAUCCUGGAUAUUCUUAUGAACCGCAAGAAAGCAAAGUCGACUUCUGGGGUCUCAAGAAAUCCAUCCUCUACACACUUCUUCAAGCAGUGAAGGCCAUCACCGGAGGGGUGACCAUCUUGAAGGGUCAGCUGAUCAAGGGCGGCGGCGCGCUGGCCUCGACCUUGGGAAAGGUCAUAUCGGUCAAGGGUGAAGCUGUCAGCAACUUUGGCAAAAAGAUCGUGUCAUCAGCCGCUUUGAGCCAUAAGAAACCAUCACCGCCGGUAUACGGGCCGCCGCCUGCGCAUAUUGACUACCCUCCGAGCGCGUACGGCGCGCCGACAGCGCCCGCGCAUUACUCGGCGCCGACCGCGCCGGCGCACUACGGCGCGCCGUCAGCGCCCACCGGCUACGCUUCACACAAAUACCCCUCGCAUUUAGACGGGCGAGGUAAACUGAACGGAGUUCACGCCGGACUCGUCAUACUGACGCCGCUGGAAGAUGGCGGCACCAGCGAGGCCCAGCACACACACACCGGCCACACCCCCCUCGAACCACCCCCCUCCAUCCUCCACACCGCCUUCAACGCCAUCAAAAACGUCUUCUCCUCAGUCACACCAUCUUUCCAAUCCCCCGAACCAGAAGCAGACACGUACCAACCCCCACCCCCACCGGCUCCCGCCUUCAAACCGAUGACCUGGGGCGCCGUCAACUCCUACGGAGAGCCGGCCAUGGUCGAAGCACACUCUGACUAUGACCCUCGCAACCCAUACCCGCCUUUCGAUAAAGCCGCCAACAAAAAGGGUGUCGUACCUCGACCCGUCCCAGUCUUUCACAGAACAGGCUUGACUAAUGAAAAAAUACAAAAGAUAAGUCAUAAUUUAAAAAAGAUUGCUGCUUAUAUGAAUGAGAACAUUCAAAGAUCCUCAGAAGAGCAUCCGAAAAUAACUCCAAUGGAUGUCUAUAGGGACAUGCUUGUCAAAGGCGAAAUUCCUCUAAUCCCAACUCCUGUAGUAACUGACAAUGAAAUAGGGGUUUUAUCCGCUGACCUCCUCCCAUCUGAGUCCCCGACGACAACAACAACAACGACCACGACAACAACAACGACGACAACGACAGAAAAACCAAAGACAUCGACAGAAAACCAGACGGAUAGGAGAAAGAAGGAUGUGAAGUAUUUCCUACGAGGGAACAGAAUAGUCGUAGUUUGAUCGACUGACCGACAAGACUGACUGAGGUACGUCCGACUAACGA